AUGCUGGGAAUAUUCAGCGUCGUCUAUUACUCCGUAGUCUGCCUCAUUACAAGCGUCCUCGUUGUUCGUUACGGGUUCCCGGUUCGUCUUCUCCGGCAUCUGCAGGUCUACGUGCUUACGGAUCAAAAUGCGGGAGUACCCAUGUCAUCGAUUUCCAACGGGCAGGGCAAGAACAGGGGCAGGAGAAAAAGCAACGAGCCGGAAGCGGACGAAUCAAGCGGCAAGAUGAUGCGAAUCCUCGUGCAGGAGGGUCACCUCUAUUCGCGAAAGUUCUUUCGCGAAUUCGACGAAACAAUCCUGUUCGCCUGCAUAGGGAUCAUGGCGGUGUUUUCCCGGGAAAUCCUGAGCGUCCUUGAGAUUUACCUUCAGAGAAGCGGCAUGUUCGCCAACCAGCAAGGCCAGCAGCAGCAGACUGCAGAUCCAAACACCCCAAAGCAGAAUCUCCAUUCCUCGUCAACUGGCCUUUUCCUGAUGGACCACGGCGGCAUGAUUCCGCUUCUCCUGGCAGCUGUGGCUAUGUGGAAAAUAAUCCGGAACUGGGCUUCUGUAGAGUGGGACAGAGGCACAACUCGAUCCUCAGAUUUCACGCAGUGCGCUCUUGCCGGGAUAGCGAGCUGCCUUAUAACGGGGUUCCUCCUCUUCGUCCUGCCUGCGUCGCUCACCGGCUUCGACUUCGAUUCCGUCGCGGAGAAGGCCGGCGUGACUAUAACGAAUCACUUCAAAUCGAAGGGACUCGCUAAGGACACCAUCCCCGAAUUCAUCAUCCCCCCGACCUUCAUCAAAACCUCAUUGGUGCUCUUCUCAGGAGUCAUCGGCGCGCUGUGCCUUCCUGCUGCUAUCCGAUUCGUCCGCUGCUUCUACCUCUCCACCAGUCAGCAGCCGUGGGACACAGGGAUCAUCCAUCAGGGUUUCUGGUCCUCUCUCCUCUGGAAUGUCAGCUUUCUGCUGCCUGUGCUCGCAGCAGCGCUAUGGUUCCGACCCCUGGCAGAAGUUUUCGAGCCGGUCGUUGUUUUCGUCCGACGCGCUGUGAUAGUCGCGCUGGUGCUCUUAGCGGGGCUGAUCCCGUGUCUCGCACUUGCUCUCGCUCACGGCGAGCACGGCGUCCUCGAUAGUAGCGCCUCCGAUAUACGGCAAGAAGUUGCCGCUCAAGAGCAUACAGCGACUAGCCUGGUUCACGAGUCUGUCCUCGCUGAUAGCAUAGCUUCGCCAAGGACUCAAGUGAAUCCGAUCUCUACGUUCUUUAAUUACACUCCGGCAGGAUUGAAGCCGGAAACUUCUGACGCUAUUUCUUCGAACCGUCCCUUCCCCGAACUACCUUUGAACUUCUCAAAAGCUCGCCCGCUUCCAGAGACGCGAGAAAGCGGCAAAUCCGACAACAGUCCCCACGAGCGACGAUCUCCUGGCGAUGCGAGACUAUCCGCGGCAGAAGCUCUCUUCGAUACGAGCAGAAGGAUACUCAAGGGCUGCCCGUCGCUGGAUGCUCUCGCGGACGGCGCGCGGGAGGAGGAAGAGCUGCGCGCGAGCGACUUUGGCGGGGACUUUGUGUUCGGAUUCGCCACCAGCGCUGCGCAGGUGGAGGGAGCAGUGGCGGAGGGCGGAAGGGGAAGAAGCAUUUGGGACGACUUUGCGCAGAGAGCAGGGAAAAUCAAGGACGCUUCAAAUCCGGCAGUCACGGUUGAUCAGUAUCACCGAUUCAAGGAUGACGUGGCACUGCUCAAGGCCAUGGGGGCGACCUCCUACCGCUUCUCCAUCUCCUGGUCCCGAAUCAUUCCCAAUGGUAUCGGCGCAGUGAGCGAGGCGGGACUGCAGCACUACAGCCGCCUCAUAGAUGAGCUGCUGGCCAAUGGCAUCGCGCCAGCUGUCACGCUGUACCACUGGGACCUGCCGCUGCACCUGCACGAGGCGCAUGGGGGGUGGCUCAAUGGAGCAUCGU